CUCACGAAACACCGUCAGUCAGCAAGCAGAGCAGGCCCAUUGGUUUUGAUUUCCUGAACAGCAACCCGCAUCAGGCAACUAGCACCCAGCUCAGCAAACCCUAAAGUUCAUUCCGUGCCGCCGCCGAGCUGAUACUUCGCAGCCAUUUCUGCUCGAGAGCUCAACGAUUAGCUGUUCGCGAGAUAAUAGCGGUGUAGCUGGAGGUCUUUCGUUUAAUGCGCGAAUUAGCUGCCUAGAAUAGACGACCUUUUUUAGAAAUAGCUCGCGAGGAGUUGGUCGUACCGUUUGUGCUGAUCAGGAAUCGAGCUUCCUUUUACAAUGGAGCGCUUAUUAUGUAGACCCUGUUUACCCUCUAGAGAAGAACGUACAUGAUAUGACGCUCGUCUAGGCUCCUUAAAUACGUUUUUUUCUUUCUUUUUCCUGGAAGGAGACGCAGCUUUAGACGAAGGCACUUCAAGCGGGGCAAAGACAUACUAUCAGCAUCGGCGCUUCUGGCGGGAAAUCUUCGUCCUUCUUCGACAUAGCUAGGCGGCAUUACUCGCGAUGCUUUCGUCACUUGCUUUCUCGCAUGACUGUUCGCGAGCCACGUAACGACAGACAUCCGCAAGCGGUCGUAGGGAGGGUUACCAGCUGCCGCCAUGAACAGGUACAAGGUGAUCAAGCAGAUGGGCGAUGGGACGUACGGCACAGUCUGGAAGGCCAUGAAUCUCCACACCAAUGAAAUCGUGGCGGUGAAGAAGAUGAAGCGCAAGUUCUACUCGUGGGAAGAAUGCAUGAGCCUGAGAGAGGUCAAGUCCUUGCGCAAGCUGAACCACAGCAACAUCGUGCGGCUGAAGGAGGUGAUCCGCGAGAACAACGAGCUCUUCUUCAUCUUCGAAUACAUGGACUGCAAUUUGUACCAAGUUAUGAAGGACAGGGAGACGCUCUUCCCAGAGUCGAAAAUACGCAGCUGGAUGUACCAGGUUCUACAAGGUCUGGCGUACAUGCACAAGCAUGGGUACUUCCACCGGGACUUAAAGCCCGAAAACCUGCUGGUGACGAAGGACGUCAUCAAGGUGGCUGACUUCGGGCUGGCCAGGGAGGUGCGGUCGAGACCGCCCUUCACAGACUACGUGUCUACCAGAUGGUACCGAGCGCCAGAGGUGCUGCUGCAGUCAACCGUUUACAACGCCCCCAUUGACAUGUGGGCCAUAGGGGGCAUCAUGGCGGAGCUCUUCUCCCUCCGCCCGCUGUUCCCUGGCGCCAGUGAGAUCGACGAGAUUGUGAAGAUCUGUUCAGUAAUCGGCACGCCCACCGUGCACACGUGGCCGCAGGGCCUCAAGCUCGCAGCUGCCAUGAACUUUCGGUUCCCAGAGUACACGCCCAUCCCACUGUCGAAGCUCAUCCCAUCAGCCUCCCCCGAAGCCAUCGACCUCAUGACGCUGCUGUGCUCCUGGGACCCUGCCAGGAGGCCCACGGCCGCGCAGUCGCUGCAACACCCCUUCUUUCUGAGUGGCAUUCAGGUCCCGCCUGUCAUGCCGUCGCCCAAGCCUGCUGCCACCAAUUCCAGCCGCACGCACCCCGUCACAUCCCCGCACCUGCCCUCCCUGCCGCAAGGCGCCAGCAAGCCCUACAGCCACCUGGACGAGCAUCUAGACGAGUGGGAAGGGGCGCCGGGGCAGUCGGGGGGAAGUGGAAUAGGAGGGGGAGGGGGAGGGGGAGGGGGGUACCUGCAACAGCCGCAGAAGCAGCCGCUGCAGCCGCACCUGCCACAGCAGCAGCAGCAGCAGGGGGGGUAUCAGGGCCAGGAUGGCUCUGGAGCAAGAGCAGCGGCUACGAUGCUGGCGCAGAAGCAGCAGCUGCUGCAGCAGCAGCAGUUGCAGUUGCAGCAACAGCAGCUGCAGCAGCAGCAGUUGCAGCAACAACAGCAGUUGCAGCAGCAGCAGCAGCUGCAGAGUCAGCUGUCAGGAGUUGGGCUGGAGCAGCAGGGAGCAAGGAGAAACUCGGGCCAGUAUGCGCAGCCGCAGCAGCAGAUGGCUCAGCAGCCCAUGGGGAAGCAGUUAGGAGGGGUGGUGGGAGGGCGGUCACAGGGGCAGUACGCGCAGCAGCAGCUGCAGCAGCAGCUUCAGCAGCAGUAUCAGCAGCCGCACCCGCUUGAUACAGAGCCGUCAGGGGUGGGUCUAGAGGCCCUAACACCAAGAACACGAACCCAGGUGCAGCAACAGCAGAUGCACCAGCAGCAGCAGCAGCAGCAGCAGCAGCAGCCGUACUCGCAAAUGCAGAAGAAACCACUGACUCUGCAGACUCAGCUCUCUGGAGUCAACCCUGCAGCACUGGAGACCCUAACCCCCCGCUCCCGUGCCCAGUACUACCAGCAGCAGCCGUUGCAGCCGCAGCUGUCAGGUGUAGGUCUCGACCCGCCAACCCCGCGCUCCCGGCAGCAGCAGCAGCAAGUGCAGUCACAAUACCAGCAGCAGCAGGCCCUACAGUCGCAGCUAUCAGGGAACCUGGCGGGGUUGCAGUCUCAGCUGUCAGGGAACCUGGCGGGGUUGCAGUCGCAGCUAUCAGGGAACCUGGGGGGGUUGCAGUCUCAGCUGUCAGGGGUAGGCCUGGAGGCCAUGACCCCCCGGUCAAGAACCCAGGCCCAGCAGCUUUUCCAGCAGCAGCAGAUGAUGCAGCAGAUGCAGCAGCAGCAGCAGCAGCUAGAGUCGCAAGUCGCGGGUCAGGAGCAGGCACGUAUGCGUGCCCGUGCCCCUCCCACCUUGCAACAGCCGCAGCAGUCUGUGGGGCAGGGGCAGGGACAGGAAUACAGUAUAGUCUCACCGCGCGCCAUGCAAUCUUUUCAAGAUGGAGGGUAUGCCGGGCCUGCGGGCCUGCCGGAGAAUUUUUCGGGCAGACCGGACCCAAUGCAUAUGGAUGGAGGGGGGGGAGGGGGAGGGGGAGGGGGAGGGGAGGGGGGGGCGGAGGGGGAGGGCAUGGGAAGGGGUCUCAGGGUAUGGGGUUUUUGGGGAGGAAGAUUGGCUCGAAGAGUAUGAGCAUGAGGAGUCAACAGCAGGCUGCGGAUGCUGGGGGAGGGGGAGGGGGAGGAGGAGGGGGGGCGGGAGGAGGAGGAGGUGGGCGGUUGGCGACGUUGCAAAGAUAUGGCAGCCAAUUAUUGGGCAUAUCACGGCACUCGAAUGCAUCUGCCUCUUCCUCUCGGUCCAGUGCUGCAGGAGCUGC